AUGUCCAAGUACAUUUUGAUCAGCAUGCCCUCGAGCAUAUCUCCUUCCAACGACAAAGAGGAAGCGCUCAGUGCUCUGCGUUCGACGGUAGGCCCAGAGAAUGGAGCCGUGCAGCCCUUCAAGAUUCCGGAGUUCAAAAUCGGUACUUUGGAUGCAUUGGUCCAACAAGCAGACGACCUUGCAAAGCUGGAGAGCUCCUGUGAAGCUGUUGUUGCAAAGGUCGGAGACUCCUUACGGAAUUUGCUGGAGGGCGAUGAGGACAAAAUUGCUCAGCAAAAGACUGUCAACGAUAAGCCUGCAGACCAAUACCUGAAAACCUUUGUAUGGAAUAAGAUCAAGUACCGUGCCGACAAGCCACUCGCAGAACUUAUCGAUUCAUUACAAAAGGAGCUUGUAAGCAUCGACAACGAUGUCAAAAGCAAGCUGAGUCAAUACAACCAAGUCAAGACGAAUCUCACAACCUUGCAACGGAAACAGACUGGCAACCUCUCCACCAAAUCUCUCACACCUGUCGUCGAUCCUAAACUGCUGAUCCAAGAUUCCGAAUAUCUCGAAACUCACUUGGUUGUGGUUCCCAACAAUGCGAAGAAGGAUUUCAUUCGAAGCUAUGAGACUAUUUCACCUAUGGUUGUCCCACGAUCGUCCAUUGAGGUGACGCAUGACGAUGAAUUCACGUUGUUCGCUGCUACUACUUUCAAGAAGCACAGUGCAGAGUUCCAGCACAAGUGCAGGGAAAUGAAGUGGACACCUCGGGAUUACAGGUACAUCGAGGGUGGCAAGGAGGAAGAACGAAGGGAGAUCGAGCGAGUUAGCAAGGAUGAAAGGAAGAUUUGGGGUGAAGCGUUGAGGCUUGGACGGACAGGUUGGAGCGAGAGCGUUAUGAUCUGGAUACACGUAUUGACUCUCCGAGUAUUUGUGGAGACUGUGCUACGGUACGGUCUUCCUUUGGACUUUGUUUGCGGCUUGAUCAAGACUUCUCCUAAGUUAGCCAAGAAGGCGAAAGCGUCACUCGACUCGACGUAUUCAUACCUUGGAGGGAACGCAUUCGGAAGGGACAAGAAAGGAAGAGUAGCGAAAGAUGAUUCGGCGCUAUCUUCAGAGAUGGCUGCGGCUGGAGUAGGUGGUCAUGGCGAGGGAAGUGAGUACACGGCCUACGUUUAUUACGACUUCGAGAUCAUAUAG